CCAGUAUAAUACAAUAUUACCGUCGGGCACGCUCGUCGUUACUUGCGGAUUUCAUAAUAUCAUUCGCGAAAUGUUAUAGUCAAUUGAAACAAUCGUUUCAACGGUGUACUUAUGUUUAACAUUUCUUACUCGUGUAAAGACUCAAGGUUUAUGCCAAAAUAUUUGGAUAAUGUGAGUGAAAUAAAAAAAUACCUAAAAAAAAUAAACCAAUGUAUAUACACGUAAAAUGUGGAUGGUGUGUGUGUUUUGUGUAUAAUAAAUAACUGCAAGGGCGUGGGCGUUGCACGACAGGAAACAACUAAACCGACCCUUCCACUGUAAAACUUACGAGUUACAUUUUCUACGUGGUCAUUCCACCAAAAUGCGUGCGUUAGGCAAGAGCCUGGUCGUGGUAAGCGCAAUCGUGUUGUACUGCAUCAGUUGUAACGCUACGGAAAUAUUUCGAACUAAAAGAGGAGUCGUUCCUGGUAACGCGGCGUCCAGGCCUAAAGACACCAUUAGAAAAUCUGAAUGCCGUCACGACAAUCACUGCAAGGCAUGGCCAAAGACAUCAUGCGGUAAGGAUCCGGUGGACGGAAAAAGUCGAUGCUUGUGCGCCGAUCAAACACAUCCGAUCAACGACGAUUGCAUUACCUCACCUCAAGAAUUAGGAAUGGCUUGCGAGCGGGACAUUCAGUGCAUUCAGUUGGCUUAUUGUACGCACAACGUAAACGAAACAAAUCCAGAUAUCAAAAUAUGUCAGUGCAGGGAGGAGUAUACCGACGAAGACGGAACAUGCAGUGGUGGUGAACGUGCAAUAAUAUCAAUAUUUUUAGCAAUUAUAGUUGCCAUUAUUUUUCAAAAAUAUUAA